UCCACACGUCUUAUCUUCCCUAACUUACCUGACCAGAGGAUUUUUAAUUUUUAUUUUUUUUAUAUAAACGGGAGCGCACAGGUGGUGGUGGCGGCGGCGCGAGCCUGGAUUUGGAUCCUAAAGUUUGAGGGAUGCUCUGGAUUAUUUAUAAGGAGAAGGGAGACGGCAGUUGUGGGGUGGACGCGCACACGCCCGGUGUAUCGCACAUCAGUUAAAUGUGGAUGGAUGCGCUGCCUCCACUGCUCUGGCAGCAGAAGCUCCUCCGUGCCCAGCCUGAAGAGCUGCCGUGGAGGCUGACCGCCGAGCCGGCUGCUCCCUCCUCCUCCUCCUCCUCCACCUCCUCCACCUCCUUCUUCGUGCCCUCCUGCCGGCUGGAUUCUCGGGGAAACUUUGUGACGGGUCGGUGUCGGAGGAUGUAGGCAGGCACCGUGUUUGGCUUCCCCGAGCUGAGUGAGUGUCUGAACCGGGAUUUGAUGAGUUGGUGAAGGUGGCCAAACUGGAGGAUGCGCGUCCGGACUGUGGAUUCCUGCACAGGCUGCGUGGAGGGGAGAGCAGAGGACCCCCCGGUCCGGUCCUGGGACGACAGGUGUUCCGUAUGAACAGUGGCUCCAUUCGUAAAGAUGCUGAGCUGCGGAUAGAGAGACUGCCCUGUGGGGCGAGCUGACCUUUCUCUACCUCUCUCCCCCGACUUCCCCGUCCUCCAUUUCCCUCUCUCUCUCUUCACUGACCGUUUUUUAUUUCUCUUCUUUUGUCAUUUUUUCUCUCUCACUUCCAUCUCCUCCUUUUGUUGUUGUUGUUGUCACUUCCUGCCAUCUUCCCAUCAUCCCUCUUUGCCCUCUGCCCCCGUACCCACCAACUCCUCCUCCUCCUCCCCCCACAGCACACAUGCAGGCCAAGAAGCGGUACCUGCUCGUGUCUGUGGGGGCCGGUCUUCUCUUCCUCGUCUAUCUGUGGGCUCUGCAAAUCGAGGAGUUCCAGCAGCAGCAGGAUCAGUAUCAGUAUCACCAGUAUCAGUUACCCCAGGACCCAGAGUUCCACCAGUACCACCUGUACCAUCAGCAGGAGUACCAGUACUCCCACCAGUUUCAGGACUCGUACCAGCCUCAACCCCAGCCCCAGAGGAGUCCGUCCAGGCGCUGGACGCCAUCGACCGAGCUGCUAGAACCGUACCUGGAGGGGGGAGAACAGGAGGAGGACAGCCCUCAGCUCCAUCACCAGCACACCUCACCCCGAGAACGCCGGGCGAUCCGCGACAACAUCUACAAGAACAAACGCUGCCGCAUGGAAACCUGCUUCGACUUCGCCCGCUGCCAGUCGGGCUUCAGGGUUUACAUUUACCCCCCCCACAGAGCCGGGGGUGAGGUCUCCGAGACCUACCAGAAGAUCCUGUCCUCCAUCGAAGAGUCUCGGUUUCACACCACUGACCCCGCGAAGGCCUGUCUCUUUGUCCUGGCAGUGGACACGUUGGACAGGGACCAGCUCUCCGCUCAGUAUGUCCAAAACGUCAGGUCCAGAAUCCAGAGCCUGCCCACGUGGAACGACGGCAGGAACCACCUGGUCUUCAACCUCUACUCUGGCACCUGGCCGGACUACACCGAGGAUCUGGGUUUCGAGGUGGGACAGGCCAUGUUGGCCAAGGCCAGCGCCGACGCGGUCAACUUUAGACCAAACUUUGAUAUUUCCAUCCCCCUGUUUUCCAAGGAUCAUCCCCUGAAGGGAGGGGCCACGGGUUAUUUGACCCUUAACGACGCCCCACCUUCCAGGAAGUACCUGCUGGUUUUCAAGGGCAAACGCUACCUGACAGGCAUCGGUUCCGAGACCCGGAACGCUCUAUACCACAUCCACAACGGGAAGGAUAUAGUCCUGCUGACCACCUGCAAACACGGCAAAGACUGGGAGAAACACAAGGACUCUCGCUGCGACCGGGACAACCAGGAAUACUCACAGUAAGAGCUGCUGGUUUCACUGCUUCUGGUUUCACUAACCAUAUAUUUUUAAGCCAUAAACGCUGGUGUUAAUUUGUCAGAGGGCAGGAAAUGGCUGCAGUUUGUGUGCGGUUGUCUCUGCUGGCUGCUGUUUCAGUGCAUGGACUCAUCAAUAUCUAUCUAUGUCUUGAGAGCUGAACCUCAUGGUUGUGGUUCAGAUCAGUGUGUGUUCAUAUUCUACCUGUGUUUGUGUGUUUUCCCAUGAUACCAUGCGAGAGAAAGACCAGCUGUUGUAAUCUGGGCUGGAAAAAAAGAAAGAACUUUUUUUUAGAUAAGUGCUAGAAACGUGGGAACUACAGUAGGUGGAGAUAAGAAAAUGACGUUUUGACUGUUUUUUCCCCCAGUGGUUUUCAGCAGAGCAGCUGUUGAAUAUUUUUGGUUUGGAAAACGCAGAGACACCCGAUGACGAUGGGUUUACGCCUGAGAUUUCACACUUGGCAUCUGUGCACGCGCUGGCGUCUGCUGGUAUUUAAACAGUCUGUGGAAAAACGCUGACUCUGCCUUUAAAGUUUGUCGUAGUAUUGUGUUCAGGACUCUUUGUUAGAGCAAAGGAAAAAAACUGAGUGACGACAGAAGUGGGCCAGAUGUGGGCCGAAUCUCUUGGACUACGCCCAGGAAAAUCUCUUUCUGUAUCAUAGGUCUGAUUUCUAUUGGCUGAAAGUAGCUACACAGAACGUCACACACUGGAACGACAUCCGGCCCAAUGGUGACAAUGUGGACCAAAAACGAGUAUGUGUAUGUGUGGCCCACAUGGUCUUCUUGGCCAGCGAUGGUUAAGGUUUGGCUGAGAUGAUGGGCCCAACAAUUUGGUCCACCAUCUUUAACCGGGACUUGUGAUCUUACCUUACAACAUACAGUUUCUAUGUGGGUCACAAGAGUGUGUGAGUGUGGGUCACAUCUUUCUAUGUGGACCAUAAAACGGUGGUUUCUGACGGCACUUUCGGUUGACUUUAAAUGGACGCAGUUCCUUCAGUCUCCACUAGCUGGAAAACCAUGAUGAAGUUCUCCCUGGUCUCUGUUAGUUUCUGGAGGUACCAGCUCUUGACCUGGUCCAGGUGGUGUGGUCUGCUCUUCAGAACUUGCGGCCUAAUU